AUGCCAGUGUCCUGGAAUGUCAUGACUGAACCUACAAGGCACGCAGUCGCCGCUGGAGACGCAAAGCUCCCGAUGCUAAACAGGAGAUCUGACAGCGACAACGGAUCUGCGGUAACAAGCCCCUCUCAAGACGCCAUCAUAGGCUCUGGAUGCACGAUGCGAACAUUGGACAGUGGAAUUGGGACCAUCCCUUUGCCUGAAUCCUGCUCCUUCUUCUCCUCCAUCCUGCACCUCCUCCCCAAGUCCUCGUCUUCCCCCGAGCAGGCCCUGAGCCCCUCCCCCCUGCCCCGCUGGAGGGUGCCCAGUUCCUUGUCCGAUCCGUCAGUGCCUUUUCCCUCCGUGGCCUUCGUGCAGCCCACCCCUCUGCCCCCAGACUCCCGCCUGAGCGCCGUGGCCCUGGGCCGCCUGCCCCGCCCCCCGUCAGGCGACAUGGAACCAAAGAAGAACUCUCGCCAACUAGUUUGA